AACCGUGUCAUCGAGCUCCAAUACAUAGUUGUACCGUACUGAUCCCAAAACAAGCCACAGUGCACGAGUUGUGUGGUUGUUUUCUUUUGUUUUUUUUAACGUUAGUCAUCAUUUCUUUCGCAAUAGACGAUCUUUGUUUGCGCAGCUCUGCCACGGCAACGCGACUGUAAGAGUUUGCGUGGCAAUCUUUUAAUUGAGCAACAACGGCUUUGUGUUUUUAGUUAUUUGAAGGUAUCUUUGAACAGGUUGUUUUUGCAGCUUUGCGCUGUUAUCCAACAACGUGGAUGGUGGUCUGUUAGCUACAGGUGUGUGUGUGUGGAGAGUGUGUGGAGAGUGUGCACGGUCAGGAAACGAAAGGUCCAGGUAUCGUGCAUGGGCGACAUAAGCUACAUAUUGAAUAUUUUGGAUGACAACAGGCAAGAUGAACCAGGAGGAGGUUUUGGCAAAGCUGAAGAAGGAUGUUCGUUCCUUGCUCAUUUCAUCAAAGAUAGGCUUGGACGCCGAUCAGCUCAGGCGAGACUAUGUGGCCAUGUUGGGGCACCCCAUGCCACUGAAACUCCUGGGCUUCAGACACAUCAUGGAUAUGGUGAAGGAGAUGCCUGAUGUGGUGUCUGUUAACUACAGGGUAGAUGGCAGCACAUUUUUAAAGGCUGUUGGCGACGAAUCCACCCGAAACAUUGAGGAGCUAGUAGCUAAGCAGCGCACGUCUAAGUCCAUCAAGAAGCCCAGGAGGGGAGGUGUCAGCUACUUCUCGCCCCGCUACUGUUACCCGUCCUCUGCUGUGGUCCUCCCCAGACGAGGUCGAGCUCCUCUCGCUGUCCCUGCCCAGCUCAGGGCACAGCUCCGCAUACUGCUCUCCCAGGGUUCACUCAGGUUGUCUGACCUGGAGGCCAGCUUCCUGCGCUGCUUCGGCCAACCGCUGCGUGUCCACAACUACGGCUUCUACUCCACUGGAGAGAUGCUGGAGGCAGUGGCGGACCUAGUCGUUAUUCAGCAGAGCAGGCUGGGAUCAGUUCUGACCUUGAGGGAACAUAUGCUGCCCAGGCCGCUGUUCAGACCGACAAGCUCACCAAGGACUUCACCCAUAAAGUCAGAAUUUCCUAGAACUGUCAAGACAGCCUCCAAAGUGCCAGACCCCAUAACUCAGACACCAACAAAAACCUCAGUCCCAGUGAAGCAAAGUCCUCUGAACCAGCCCGCCAUUGAGACUACCUUGGGCCCUGUCCAUAAAGCCACAAGCCACAAGCCACAGGUAGUUGAGAAGAACCAGGAAGCAAACCCAGAGCAAUGUCAGGAAGGUCAGCUCUUUCAGAAACGGGUCCUUGAGCUGGAGGAGGAGCUUUGCCAGCGAAUCAUGGAGAAUGGAGUCGCUGGCACCAUUAGUCCGGAGCUGAAGGACAAGCUACGAGAGGUUGUAGGUCAGACCAGUGGUGGAUUAUCGGUGCACGAUCUGCCGGCUGAGUACAAGAGGCUUUAUGGUGAGGAAUUCCCGCUGCAACAGAGCGGCUUUGUCAGUGUCACCGAACUGGUCAGUGCCAUGAGUGACACCUUCCACCUGAAACCAGUAGUGAGUGAAACUGGGCAACACUGGAUAGUCAUGGACAUAAAGGACAGUGGCAAUACACAAUCAGACUCAAAGGUGACUGAGUGUGUUGGUGCCAGUCAGAAGCUGCCAGUUAUGAGCUACUGUAUCGACUGGGGCGAGUCUCCGUGGGAAGGCAAACUGGAAGGAGACGAUGAGAAAGUCACAGCAGAUGAUGAGAAUAUGAUGCUGGAGACCAGUAACAAUUCCAAGACCCAUGAAAUGAUGACUCGGAUAUGCCCUGCCAUUCAGGUGCAUUGCAGCCCUGCGGUGCCUCUGGACGCCCUGCAGAGUCAACGUCUCAAACCGCCGACACGCCGUGCUGCUCGAGAGCUGGUAGAAGUACUGGUGGAAAAGGUGGAGUCGCCUGGACAUUUCUACAUCUGCUUCAGCGAGAGUGAGGAGGCCCGCGCUAUGGAGGACAUGAUGAUUGAGAUGAGACGAUGCUACACCUGUCCAGAAGUGUCGGAGCGUUACCGUCUCCCUGAGCAAUUUGUCCGACCGGGUCAAGUCUGCUGUUCUUCACCCAAAGGAAUGUGGUUCUACCGGGUGGUGAUCCAUCAGAUCAUCAGCCCCACUGAGGUCGAGGUGUACUACGUCGACUUUGGUGAUAUGACCGUGGUACAGAGAGCCAACCUCAUGUUCCUCAAGUGUUGUUAUUCGGUUCUUCCGGCACAAGCUGUUCUGUCAUCACUCGCUGGAAUUAAACCCACCACUGGCAGCUGGACCGCUGAGGCCGGGGCUUCUUUCCAGAAGCUGUGCUCCGAUCGCACCCUGGUGGGCGCUUUGGAUUGUUACACUGCAGAUGUGCUUCAGCUCUACCUGUGUGACACACAUACUGAUCAGGACAUCUACAUCCACACUGUCCUGCUGAGCCAGGGCCACGGGACAGCCUGCAGCCCUGCAGCCAGUGCAGCACUGUGUGUCCAUGUCUGCCCAGUGAGUCUCUACAUGGGGGAAGGAAUGGUUGACCUGCCAGAAGUUACUUUUUCACCAAAGCGGGCAAACAUACCUGAACAGUCCAUGUCAGCUUCACCGAAGGCAGAAGAAGAAGAGCUGCCCGACCUGGAGUUUAUUGAGGACAACGAGGUCAGCCCCCAUAUCCAGGGUAUGGAAGCCAACCCCUUCAAUGCUCUGCUAAAUGAUCAAACAUUCAGCUACAGUGAUAUGAAAUGGGCCUUGAGCAACAAAUCGCCUCCCGACAACACUUUGCGUCCGACUCCCAGCCCUCUCGCCCCUCCAGAUUUGAUCCAGACCCAGACGACACCAGCUCAUUGUAAAGCUGAUCCUAAAACACUGAGCCUGACUCCUCCACCAACUCCAUCCAGUGUCACUUCCACCUCCUGCUGUCCAAAACCAAAAGAGGAGCAACACCAGCACAAAGUCGCUGCCCCCUCGUUGGUCAGGCCACCUCCAAUUCUGAGGACCCUGAGCCUCCACACCCCUGACCUGGGCCAAAUCCAUGACUACACUCAGGGUGUAUCAGUUUCUCCGUUCCACCUGCGAAACUCUGGCAUCCUGUUUCCUCUGUUUGGUGCCAGGUAGGUUGAGCCUCCUACAUCCAGCCCAACUGCCUGAAUGAGACAAACCCCAAAGGAAGUGAUAGUCUUUGAUAAUUCAAUUUUGGAAUCAUUUUGUCAGCGAGCACUUAAGUUAUUUACUGACGUGAUAAAAGCAUUUUUAUAAAAGUUUGUUUUAAUCUGUUCUAGAUAAGUUAAAUUGUAUGUUAAGCUCUGUUUGUUAGUUUAAUAUUGGAAUUAUUGUAGCACUUUCCUAACAUUUCAGUCUGGGUGACAAGAAAUACAGGAAAUGGAUGACUUGUGAAUGAUUUUUGUUUUAAAAAAAACUGUUCCUUUUGUGUGAAGCGUUUAAUAAUUUUCUUA